UAGUGUUAUGUACGACACUUUUUCUGCAUAAUGCACUGUUUUUAAGAGAGAAGGAUACGCCGCUCCACCUCUAUCCUUCUCAUCUCAAAAGCUGGACAAAGUUAAACAUUACCAUCCCCAGAAUCACAAAACCCAGAAAAACACCCACAAAACAGAGAAACAAAGAGACCAAAUUUAUAUACUUCUACUUACUUCUUCAUAUGAGAAAACACAGCAAAAACUUCAGCUUUCAGCUUAUUAAUCAAGAAUCUAACCUCAUUUUCCAGCCAAAUUUCCCAAACCCACUUCUCAUUUUCCUUCUAAAACUUAAAUAAAUCCCACCAUGCUUUAAUUCUUCCCUUUUUUUCAAAAAAAGAACACCCAAAAAAGCAAUAAUUAAAAUAAAAAAAAUGGGUUGCUUUUCAUACAUUCUCCUUGUUAUCAUCUUCACCAUUUUAGAACAAACCCAAAAUUCCAAUUGUACCCCUGAUUACACAACUCUAGUAUACAAAGGUUGUGCCAAACAACCCUUAUCAGAUCCAUCAGGAAUUUACUCUCAAUCUCUCUCCUCCUUAUUUUCUUCUCUCCUUCAACAAUCAUCAAGAUCUAAAUAUUACAAAACAAAUUCUGGUAAUUCCCAAGCUUCAAUUUCUGGGCUUUAUCAAUGUAGAGGUGAUUUAAGUAAUGCUGAUUGUUACAACUGUGUUAGUAAAUUACCCCAAUUAAGUGACCAAUUAUGUGGUAAAGUUGCUGCUGCAAGAAUUCAACUUUUAGGUUGUUACAUGUUAUAUGAAGUUUCUGGGUUUACCCAAAUUUCUGGUCUGCAAAUGCUCUAUAAAGAAUGUAGCAGAACUAAUGUAGCUGGUGCUGGGUUUGAGAUGAAGAGGGAUAGUGCAUUAACAGUGAUGGUUAAUGGUGUUGCUAAUGGAAAUGGAUUUUAUACCACUAAUUAUGAAGCAGUUUAUGUUUUGGCUCAAUGUCAGGGUGAUUUAAGUACUACUGAUUGUUCACAGUGUGUUAAAACUGCUGUUCAGAAAGCUCAAGUUGAAUGUGGGAGUUCAUUAUCUGGUCAAGUUUAUCUGCACAAGUGUUUCAUUAGUUAUAAUUAUUAUCCUAGUGGAGUUCCUACUAAAUCUUCAUCAGGUUAUUCAUCUGGUGGAAUUUCUUCAGGGUCAAAUACAGGGAAAACUGUUGCUGUAAUUGUAGGAGUGACAGCUGGUGUGGGAUUUUUAAUUAUUUUGGUACUAUUUGUAAGAGGUUUGAAGAAGAAGGAUGAUGAUUUCUGAGGAAAACAGCUGGUUCAAGAAGAGUGUUUCUUGUUUUUAAGUAAAGGUGGGAGAAAGAAUCAAAUAUUUGUGAAUUUUUUGGUUUCUCAAAGGAGGAGGUAUGAGAGAGGGAAUUUUCUUGUUGUUUGGUAGAUUUAUUAAGUAGGGCGAAAAUUGUAAAACCCCCUUGUUUCUUUUUUUGUAGUUUGGAAAACAACUGAAUCAUUCAGUAUAAAUUGUAAGAACAAAGGUUCAUUCAAGAAUACUGAAUGCUUUUUGUCAUUGUCUCUUAAGUUGCCUUCAGAAGAGAAAAAGUAAAAGUGAUAUAUGGGAUAUUUUAGUAA